CUCCCCUGCCCAGCCGUGCCACAAACAACAAGACCACCGCCACCACACACACCAGCGGUGGCAAAGACGACUGGGCUUCGUUUGGUGGCGACCGCGGCAGCGUGCCCUGCGGGAGAGGGCCGUAGAGAUGCCGGUGGCUGAGGAGCCGGAUGAGGUGUGUGCCGACGUGGGCGAGGAGGAGCCGAGCAUCCUCCCCCUGCCGCACCUCAGCAACACGGCCGCCACACGCCUCCCCGACCACCGCGGCACCAGCGAGGCCGGCAGCAGCCGAGAGGCCGCGGGAGCACCAAGCCCGUCAGUAGAGGGGGAGGGAGAGGGUGAGGGUGAGGGGGAGGAGGGCGAUGAGUGGCUGGCCGACUUGGGCGAGGAGGAGACCCCCAUCAGCCACCUUCUUUGCAGCAGCAGCCCUUUUAGCAUCGCCACUCGGGAUGUAGCCGACACAACGAACGAGGAUAGCAAAUCGCAACAAGGCAAGUGGCGGACUGACUGGUCAGUCAGCCAGUGUGAUUGGUUGAUGGUCAUGAGUUCAACUGUCGUAUGUCUGUUGGCUGGCUCUGCGUUGCCUUCCGUUGCUCUCUCUAUGUGCAGGUGUGUCAGUGGCCGAGCCGUGUGGCGAAGGACCCCCUCCCGCCCCUACCCUCGCACAUGCACCACCCGCCAUCCUGCGCCUGAAGAGCGGAGCCGAAGUAGAGCUCCGAGUCAAGCUCGGCGAGGGCACUCGCGGCAAGGUGAUGGCCGGCGUGGUCAACAGGCGAUGGAUGGCCUUCAAAAUGGCCAUUAGGGGGGCGGCCAGCCGGACCAUCUGCGAGGAGAUGGAGGCCGAGAGGGCCACGAUGGAGAGGCUGCAGCAGCGGAGGAGGGAGAGGGGUGAGAUGGGCCUGUUUCUCGACAUCUACGACUACGCGGGCCCCUCUGACGGCGCCACGUUCCGCGCGAGCCCCUCUGAGCCGCCGCAGGAGUGCCUCUACCUGGCCCAGCAGCUCGUCAACGACCCGCCCAGCAGCGACACGUUUGUGUGCCUGAACGACCUGCUGUGGGAGGAGAGCGGCGGGCUCAACCUGGCGGGCAUCUCAGCAGCUCAUCCACCCACACAGCCGGUCUUCGACAAGGCCAUGGGGAUGAUUGGCAAGUUGCUGAUGAUGGUUAGGGCGCUGCGUGAGGCGGUCAGGGGCACCGGAGGGCCCUGGAGGACUACGACUCAAUGCUGCCCUACCACUGCAUGAACAACCUCUAUGUCCGCAGGAGCGCCAUCGCACGGGGUAAGUAAAUCGAUAGGUCACACACACACACGCACAUACACACACAGACAGACAGACCAUCAAUCGCACACACCACAGAUACGCACAUGAUGAUUCCGCUUUGGUAAGUUACUUGCAUUGCUUUUGUGUCGAUAUGAUGUGGCUUGCCUGGCUCAGGUCAUAGCGACGUGUCUGAGGCCGCCAACGUGAUCUUCAUUGACCACGGCAACACCCUUCACACGCGCACCCCCGGCCCGCUGCUCCGCCGCAAGGACGACACCACUCCCCCCCGGCCAUACCCCGGCAAAGCCGCCCUCGUGCCCACAGACUCGUCGACCAGGGAAGUGGAGCGGCAGCUGGCCGGUUUCACCAACUUCGGCGGCGCCCCAGAGCAGCUGCUGUACUGGCAUCGGCGGCGGCAGCUGCUCAACGAUUGGUCGCAGAGAGUGGGCCCGUUCUACUUUGAGGAGCGAGAGAUUCGCGGGGCAGACGGCCAGCUGUGCCGACAGAAUGUCCAUUCUAUGGCCAAUUCCGCCGUUGACGAGCUGCGGGCCGACAGGGUGGUGCCUGCUGCCCCUAAGCCUGCUCAGGGUGUGUGGAUGGGCGAGCCGACGGUGGCCUUCCAGUUCGGCCUUCUCAUCCACAACGUCCUCCGGGCCGAGCGGUGGCAAAGGAUGCUGGAGCGGCUGGAGUCGUGGGCCGACAAAUCCCACAUAGAGCCGCCGGAUGGCGCCACUGAGGUCGACAAGGCGAUCUGCGCUCUCGGCCCCGGUUUCUACCGGCACAUGCAGCAAGGCCUGCUUGCCCUCAGCUGGCGCCACACCUUCUCGCUCAUUUCCGAGCCCAAUGGCCACCUCAAGAUGGAGGAGGGCAGACGGCACCUGCAUGAGCGGACACAGGAAGAGGGCCUGGGGUGGCUGGAGGGCGUCUUACAGCGGCUGGAGGCCAUCUGUCCAAGCGCCCUGCAGUUCCUCCCCUCGGAGCGAUGCACUCUCGCCCACAUCGAUGCCAAGCUCUCGGAGGUCCUUGACCUUCUCGAGUCGGUAGAGGUGCCGGUGGCUGAGGAGCCGGAUGAGGUGUGCGCCGAUGUGGGCGAGGGGGAGCUUUGUGGCUGGCCUCUCUUCUCUUGCUGCUGGUCGGUAUCUAUCUAGCUUCUCUGAUCUCUCCCUCUUUCUCUCUCCCUAGUCUCUCUCUCUCUCUCUGUUGGCUGUGGUGGUCGUGGCGGACGGAAAGGAUAAGAGAAGGGCAGUACAGCCCACAGGAAGGCAAAAGAAGCGAAGAAAGGCCCACCAGAAGGCCAGCGAGGACAGAUACAUACCCACACACCGCCCAAUACUCUCACUGAUGGAUGGUGAGUGAAACCAGCACAGCACGGCACACACACGCGGAUGCAUAACUCUCUCUCUCUCUGUGUGUGUGUGUGUGUGUGUGUGUGUGGGCGAGCCGAUAGUCCAAUCGGUGCCUACUUUUUAUAUUUCGAAGGUCUCUUGCUUCUCCUGCCGUGCGUUGAUUAUGUCUCUGUUCAUGUGGAUUUGGUUGACCUUCCUUGACGGGAAACUGAUA